ACUUAUCAUUGCCUAUACAUUAUAAUAUCCAAGUCAUUACUCAUUUAAUCAACAGGUAGUUAAUUGAAAAAUCAAAGCCUCUGUUUUCUAUCGUUAGUCUUUUUGUCUUGGGUUUUUUGACCGUUUCCCCAUGUCGUAUAUGUCCUCUCUUUUAUAACUUUUGUUAACUUCAUAAAGAACACCAAGACUCGUGCAUCAAGGAGUGAAAGGCAUGAAGAUGAACAGCAAUGAUGAACAGCGCAGAACGCUGCCGUUUCCUGUAAAAAACAUCGUGAAAUCUACUGUUUUCAUCCUUGUUUAUCUCUUCGUAUCAACUGCUCUCUUGGAUUAUCUGGGCUAUCUCGAUGUUAAUGCUUUUGCAGGUUUUAAACUAAUACCGAAGAUAUUUGAACCUAAAUUCCCUUACCAAUGCGAGCAGAUUCAAACACAUCAGAUUCCUUCCUCUCAGAAUCUCACAUGGAGAAUACAUUCCAACCGUUCACAACCACAACCAUCGUCGUGUCCUUCUUACUUCCGUUGGAUCCACGAAGACUUACGACCGUGGAAAGAAACGGGAAUAACUAGAGACAUGGUCGAGAAAGCGAGCCAAACGGCGCAAUUUAGACUAGUGAUCCACCGCGGCAAGGCGUACGUUAAGCGAUACAGAAAGUCCAUUCAAACGAGAGAUGAAUUUACUCUGUGGGGAAUUCUACAGUUGUUACGGUGGUACCCUGAUAGAUUGCCUGAUCUGGACCUUAUGUUCGACGCUGACGAUCGCCCUGUCGUCAGAUCUGAUGACUUUACAGGUCAACAAAACAAUUAUCCACCUCCACUGUUCCGUUACUGUUCUGAUGAUGUCAGCUUGGAUAUUGUCUUCCCUGAUUGGUCCUUCUGGGGCUGGGCCGAAGUAAACAUUAAUCCAUGGGGUGCGUCGCUAGAGGCAAUACAGGAAGGGAAUAAUAUAACUCAAUGGAAGGACCGUGUGGCGUAUGCUUAUUGGAGAGGUAAUCCUUAUGUAGCCUCCACGAGAAGAGAUCUUCUCAAGUGUAACGUUUCGGAAAAAGAAGAAUGGAACACUCGUCUCUAUGUUCAGGACUGGGAUAAAGAAGCGAAAGAAGGGUUCAAAAACUCAAAACUAGAGAACCAGUGCACCCACAGAUACAAGAUAUAUAUAGAAGGAUGGGCAUGGUCGGUUAGUGAGAAAUAUAUUAUGGCAUGUGAUUCUAUGACAUUAUACGUGAAACCAAGAUUCUACGACUUCUACAUACGAGGAAUGAUGCCACUGCAACACUAUUGGCCAAUCAGAGACGACUCCAAGUGUACUUCUCUCCAGUUCGCCGUACAUUGGGGCAAUACCCACGUGGACAAGGCACGUGAGAUUGGAGAGGUAGGGAGUAGAUUUAUAAGAGAGGAGGUGAACAUGAAGUAUGUGUAUGACUAUAUGUUUCAUUUGCUCAAUGAGUACGCAAAGCUCUUGAAGUUUAAGGUAAAGAUUCCUUCGGAUGCGGAGGAGAUCACGCCGGAAAGUUUGGGAUGUGCGGCGACGGAACGGUGGAGAGAUUUCAUGGCGGAGUCUAUGGUCAUGUCUCCAAGUGAAGAGUCUCCUUGUGUGAUGGUUCCUCCUUAUGACCGUCUAGCUUUAAAAGAGGUCCUUGAGAGAAAAGCUAAUUUAACACGUCAAGUUGAGUUGUGGGAGGACCAAUAUUUUGAUGAUUUGGGUUUUGAUUGGUAACAUGAAUUACAAUUGAU